AUGGUAGGGUAAGUCCGCUCACUCUGGUAGCCAGGCCAGUUCAUUCUCCCUAAGCUAUCCGAGGAGCAACCGACCAGAGCUGAGGACGGCGCUAGUGGAUCGGGAACUUGCGCGCUACAAGGUUGACAUCGCCACGCUCAAUGAGACUCUGUUCUCUGAACAAGGCCAACUGGAGGAGGUUGGUGCCGGCUACACCUUCUUCUGGAGCGGUCGCCCCAGAGCAGAGCGACGGGACGCGGGCGUCACCUUUGCCAUCUGGAAUGACAUUGUGAGACGACUGCCCUGUCUGCGCGGGGUAUCAACGAUCGUCUGA